GCUAAAAGUGCUGCUAAUACGUGGUUUAUGAACAUUUAAUGCUCAGCGGUGACCCCGCGGCGAAGCGAAUUCAACAUUCCUCCGAACUGUCAAAAUCGCUUGUUGCUUCCGAGCGUUGUCUGUAAAGUAGUUAGCGAGCUAGUGAGCGAUAGCACACGACAGAAUAUCGCUGCCUUCCACUCACACAAACACGAGGACACGGACACCAGUGGGGAAAACAAAAGUUUGCUAGCGGGAGAGAGAAAAGGAAAAGGGAGAGGAAUAUCUUCACCGUGUCAGUUGUUGUUUUUUUUAGCUGACGUCCUCCGCUCCUCCAGGCCGUGGCUUCCACUUCCCCAACCGAAAUAGCGCCCUCGAGAAGCGGCAGCUGGAUGUGACAGCUCCGUCAUCAGAUCUCGGGACAGAAAGUGCCUUGUGUGACAGCGUCCCCACUUAAAGGUCCUCGGGUGUUUCUGAGAAGCGUCGGAUUUCGGCGUCUGCAGUUGCGACGGGACUCCGCUCAGCUGCACCACAGACUCCCCUGCCCCCCCGCGGGGUCAACCAUCCCUGCUACUCCGUGUGAAUUAACUCGGCGGUGAAGUGGUGGAGCUUCACCGCUCACACACACACACGCUUUGAAACAACAGAACCCCCUGUGUUGGUUUCUAAUCUGUGUGCCGCUGCACCUUGAAAUAGCAGCGCUGUUGCUCCGCCUCCUUUUGCACAGACACCAUCCGUCACACAGGGGGACGUUUUGGGGACGUCGGUGCGACCGGUGGAGCUCGUCUCCGAGCAUGCCCCCUCUGUGUCGUCCUGAUUGAUGAACGUUUCAGCUUCUGUCCCAUGCGCCUCUCGCAGAGACGUCCGUCUGUCCAUUACCUCCGCUGUCCUGUCCUGUCCUGUCCACGAGGACGAGCAUCAGCCACUGACCUGACGCACGCCGUUCACAGCUACAUGUUCAAUUAGUUUCAGCAGUUUGGUUUUAUUUAAUUUAUUUAUUUUGUUCCUGGAGCACUGAAACACGUCCUCUGAGGAUUUACCGUCCUCCUUUUAAAGAAGAAAAAACAAAACAAGUGGCUCCACAGCCGGCGCUGCUGCUGCUGCUGCUGCUGCUGCUGCCGCCGCUGCUGCUGACGCUGACCCUGACGACAUGGCUCUCAACAUCGCCACGAUACGGGACACAAAAUGGCUGACCCUGGAGGUGUGUCGGCAGUUCCAGAGAGGCACGUGUUCGCGCAGCGACGAGGAGUGCAAGUUCGCCCACCCGCCCAAGAGCUGCCAGGUGGAGAACGGGAGGGUGAUCGCCUGCUUCGACUCGCUCAAGGGCCGCUGCACACGGGAGAACUGCAAAUACCUCCACCCACCCGCUCACCUGAAGACCCAGCUGGAGAUCAACGGGCGCAACAACCUGAUCCAGCAGAAGACAGCGGCGGCCAUGUUGGCUCAGCAGAUGCAGUUCAUGAUCCCGGGCACCGCCAUGCAGCCUGUGCAGACGUUUCCAGUCAGCCAGGGUCUGGGCUCCGGCGCGGGACUCAGCUACACGCAGUACCUGACUCCCAUGUCCCACAGCAUGGGCCUGGUGCCCACUGACAUCCUGCCCAACACGCCCGUCAUCGUCCCCGGCAGCCCGCCCGUCUCCGUGACCGGCGGCUCGUCCUCCGGCCAGAAGCUGCUGCGUACCGACAAGCUGGAGGUGUGCCGCGAGUUCCAGCGGGGCAACUGCGCGCGCGGCGAGACCGACUGCCGCUUCGCCCACCCGAGCGACAGCCCCAUGAUCGACACCAGCGACAACACGGUCACCGUGUGCAUGGACUACAUCAAGAGCCGCUGCUCCCGCGAGAAGUGCAAGUACUUCCACCCGCCGGCGCACCUGCAGGCCAAGAUCAAGGCCGCGCAGCACCAGGCCAACCAGACGGCUGUGGCCGCACAAGCCGCCGCCACAGCUGCAGCCAUGACUCAGUCGACUGCCAAAGCAAUGAAGCGACCCCUCGAGGCAACUGUAGACCUGGCGUUUCCCCACGGCGUCCUCCAGCCGCUACCAAAGAGACCGGCACUGGAGAAGAGCAACGGAGCGAGCUCCCUGUUCAACCCCAGUGUUUUGCACUACCAGCAGGCGCUGGCCAACGCACAGCUGCAGCAGCCUGCUUUCUUUCCCACAGGGUCAGUCUUUUGCAUGACUCCUGCUAGCAGUCUUGUCCCAAUGAUGUACAGUGCUACGCCUGCUACUGUCUCUGCAGCAACAACUCCUGCCACAAGUGUCCCCUACGCAGCAACAGCACCAGCCAAUCAGAUUAUCCUGAAGUGAGCGUCAGGAAAGGACCGGAGUGUCUUGAAGCUGCACUAGGAAACCCAAAACAGCCCCUGUGUAAAUACUACCUUGCCUCUCCUGUAGAGGUCCAACAACCUGCAUGCUAAGAGUGUAACACUUCAAUUUAACCGUAAGAACUGCAGUGCCGGUGUAACACACACACACACACACACACACACACACAGAUUUAAAAAAACAAAAAAAAACACAGAUAUAUAAUGUAUGUAUUGCUAGAAAAGAGGAAAAAAAAACUAUUAACAUGAAAAAAAAUCAAAAAUAUUCUCCUGUAUUGUACGACAUACACACAUAACAGACACACUAUAGAGGUCAUUUUAACAACUCCGUCUGCACCCGAUCUCUCAUCUUUAUCCUCCGCACAAACGUUUGGUCCCUGUGGUUGGUGGAUGGUGGAUGUUGGAUGGUGGAGGAAAUCCCCACGCUCGUGUUUUAACGUGGACAGCAGUGGCACAACCACACACACCUCGUCUCCACACGCGCUGUUAAAGAAGAAGAUGCCAUCGUCAUCCUCCUCCUCCUCCUCCUCCUCCUCCUCCUCCUCCUCCUUCCUCUCCCUCUGCCAACUUCUCCUCUCUGGAAACAGAAACAUCUCGCCAAAAGUCGUCGGCCAGACAGACGGCAGAGCCACAGCCAAACAAACACACACCCCAUGUCUCAGUUUUGCCUGAUUGUUUGAGCUGCUCCGAAAACAACGCCACUUAUUUGUUUGGGCUCAGUUCUUUGUUGAGGAGCAGGAGGAGCAGGAGGAGGAGGAGGAGGAGGAGGAGGAGGAGUGGCAGGAAAGAUAAAAGAUUUAGUUUUUUGCAUGCAGUCAGGACAGAGGACGAGGAAGACAUGCCCAGUGUUGACAGAAGAACGAGAAGCCUCUGGGGUCGUUCACAUGUAGCUAAAUGAUCACCUCAAUCUAGCGUCUGCUUAAAAGACUUAUUUUAAAGGAUUUUACUCAAUUAAAUGUCAACUCAUUUUAUGUUUGACUGUUUUUAAUAACUAAAACAAGUUCUCUGAUUAUUUUCAACUUCUUAAAAGUGAAUAUUUUCCAGUUUCCUCGCUUCGUAUGACAACAAAUAUCAGAAAAACAAUAAUUUAAUGUUUAACAACAACAUUUUCAGACAUUUUCUGGAACUAACAUUUAAAUAAUCGCAAGAUUUUAUCGAUUGUGGAAAUAAUCAACGCUAGACUGAAGACUUUUAUUUUGAAAACUUGUGACUGACAUGUUUUCAGUGUGAACAGACUUAUUUUGAAAACUUGUGACUGACAUGUUUUCAGUGUGGACAGACUUAUUUUGAAAACUGGUGACUGACAUGUAUUCAAUGUGGACAGACUUAUUUUGAAAACUGGUGACUGACAUGUUUUCAGUGUGGACAGACUUAUUUUGAAAACUGGUGACUGACAUGUAUUCAAUGUGGACAGACUUAUUUUGAAAACUGGUGACUGACAUGUUUUCAGUGUGGACAGACUUGUUUUUGAAAACUGGUGACUGAAAUGUUUUCAGUGUGGACAGACUUAUUUUGAAAACUGGUGACUGACAUGUAUUCAAUGUGGACAGACUUAUUUUGAAAACUGGUGACUGACAUGUUUUCAAUGUGGACAGACUUUUAUUUUGAAAACUUUUGACUGUGAUGUUUUCAGUGUGGACAGACUUUUAUUUUGAAAACUUGUGACUGACAUGUUUUCAGUGUGGACAGACUUUUAUUAUGAAAACUUGUGACUGACAUGUCUUCAGUGUGGACAGACUUUUAUUAUGAAAACUUGUGACUGACAUGUUUUCAGUGUGGACAGACUUGCUCCAUAUUUUCUUUGGCUUUUAUUCUGACACAUUAUCAAAGAGGUGAAAAUCGCGUGUUUUUUCACGAUGCUACAUUUGAACGACCUCUAAAGGUUCAGGGUUUUGUGCCAAGGCCUUAGCGACGCUUGAUGGUUUCACCAAGCCUUGCAUAAGUGUGUGUGUGUGUGUGUGAGAGAGUGAAGGUCUGCCGGCAGACUGGGACUUGACGCGAGGUCCACAACACCAGGGCCUGGUAGGAGAGUCUUUGUGGAGGGUGGUGUGGGUGAAGAAGGAUUUAAGUGCUAAAAAAAAAAAGAAAAAUAGGUGCAUUUUGACGCCGCUCGUCAAAAACACAAAAAACAAACAAAGAAAAAAACGAUGACUUGAACUUGGACUGGAGGGCUUUCACCCUGUCACCGUCGCUCGUCCUGUCCAAACCCUACAUUCACCGAGAAUCCUGUUCCAUUUUUAGAAAACUGUAGAAGUGCCUAAGAAAUGCUCAUCAACAACAACAACAACAACAACAACAACAACAACAACACGCAUCCCGAUUGUAUACGCUUAAAAAGAAAUAAAAACAAACAAACAAACAAACACUGGCUCUCAUCACACGGACUGUUCGGGGGAAAAAAAACAGACUUUUCCGACAAACCGUUUCUCAAGUGACUUUAUCGGGAAAAACAAAAGAAGCGGGAAAAAAAAGGACGGACAAAUCAGAAGCUAGCUUUGUAGAAUGUGGUCUGAGUAGAGUUUACAUGAGGAGACGUGAGCGAGUGACAGUGUUGUGAAACUGUGUCACGUGUGUGUAAAAGUGUCUCUUAUUUUGAGAGUUUAUAUUCAUAGUUUUAGAGACGUAUUCAAAAAAAGGUUAUUUAAGAGAUUUUGUGUUGUGUGUGUCUACUCUUGAGGUAUGUUUGAAAAACCACGCCCCCUCCGUCACCACCUCCACCUCCACAACAACAACAACAACAACAACAACAACAACAAUCGUCUUUAAAUUAUUAUUCUUUAACACCUUUAACAGCAAAACUCUGUAAUGUCAUGGUGCUUGAUUAACAUGGACAAUCCACAGUCGGAUCAUUUCCAUCCCUGCACUCUUCAGUCUACUCCUGCUUGAUGUCUUAAGAAUGACUUUUCACGCUUUUCUGAUUUGAAACGGACGUUUUCUAACGUACUCGCUUCCCUGCACCAAACCCCAUAGAGAAAAUCAUCGAUUUUACACCACAGCUCACAGGAGCUGUUGACCCACUGCUGCCUCUGUGGGUAAGUUUAAAUGUAUAAUUUGGUCACUUAAGUGUUUAAAUUCCUUUGUUCUGAUUUACCUCAGUGACACAAAGUGACCACACGAGGCAGCAGUAGACCAGCAGCUCCUGUGUCUCUGUGAGCUAAAAUCGAUGAUUUUCUCUAUGGGGUUUGGUGUGGGAGAGUGAGCUGGUGAAAAGAAAAGUCUGUAACUUUGAGAUAAUAUAUGAAUAUGUUCUUAAGGUAUCGUAGACGUAAUCAGGAGUAGAUUUUAUAUAUAUUUUAUUCAAAAAUGUCACCACCUCCACCUUCUACAACAACAACAACAAUCAUCAUUUUUCAUCCGUUCACUCUGAUAUUUUUGUGGCAGGUGGUUUUAGAAAAAAACAAAAAAGACAAAAGACAAAAAAAACACGUUCUAUAUUUUGUUGUAAUUUAUCUUUUUUCGGUUUAAAUUUGAGUCAGAAACAAUGUUGUAAACUAUUCUGUUUUGAAAUGAAUGUAAUUUAUUGGGGCUGUUUUUUCACUCAUUUCAACGUUUUAACCGGUCAGGUCAGCAAAUGAAUGAGUGAGUGAGUGAGUGAGUGAAUGAAUGAGUGCGUGAGUGAGUGCGUGAGUGAGGAGACGCGUUUUUGUUUUGUUUUUUAAAAAAGAAACAUUCAAACCCACCGAUGGAAAGCGACCGGAUCUUUCUUGCCUUCUCGUUGACGAAAGAAAAAAGAGUUUAAAGUUAAAAGAGUCGCUUGUGUUGUUGGAGGAGGAGAGAAAAAAUAUUCAAAAAGACAUAAAAAAUAAAUAAAAAAGUUUAUUGUAUAGGUGACAUUUUAUCAAAAAAAUAAAAAAAAGAAGAGCAGAAAAAUUUCCAAAAAAGAUGUACUUUUCACUCUAUAGUAUAAUAGUGUUUCAUAACAAUAUUGAGUUGUUGCCGUGGCGACGCGAUGAUGACUAAAGUUGGGUAUUUUUGUAAAUGACAUGGUUUCCUGUUUGUUUUUGUUUCUGUUUUUUUUGCUAGAACACUGUACACAACACGGUUAGAUUGUUAAAGAAAAGACUACGAACGUUUCUUAUUCUUCACCGAGAUUUACGACAACGACCUAAAUAUUUUCAUUAGCAAAAAAUAUUAUAACAACAGCAGCCUCUGUAAGCGCUGCGACUGUAACACUACCAUAGAUUUAAAGUCCUAAAUGUUGCAUAGAUUAUAUAUAUAUAUAUAUGAAUAAAUAUUAUAUAUAAGAAUGAAAUAAUCUAUUAAUUAAUAAUAAGUUUGGAUGUACAGCUCAUCCCCUGACAAAGGACCUUUAGGUUCCACACUUUAUUCGAGGCGUAUGUAUCACUAGAGUUAAGGAUUGCACUUUUCAUAAGGGUUUGAAGAUGUGAUCGUUUCUUUUAUUUCUUAACGUACAGUUUUAAAAAAAAUAAUAAUAAUCUGUUCAUUAAUCAGAGGCAGAAACCAUGUUUGCAUGAGGGGAAAUCAGUGUUUUACUUUUCUUUUACUGCAGCAGAGAAUAACAACAACAAAAGUCAAUGUGUCUGAAAACACAACAUUUCCCACAAUGCCCUUUGUUUGUUUUCUAAACGAGGAAAUGUGUCGGCCCGUGUUUGACUGACGGUGAAAAGGACGAGGAGGAAAAUAAAGAGAAAAAAAUGGAAGCACUUUCUGAGCAGACUCAGCUUAUCCAAAACAAUUUGCCUUAUCUUGAGUCCAUCGUGCUUAAAGGGACAGUACGGGUGUUUCUUUUGAAGUUUGUGGUCGCACGAGCGUUUACUGAAAAUAAACGCUCACAUAACUCAGUCUACUCCUGCUUGACUCUAGGAUGUAUGAAGAAAGACUUUUCUGGUUUGAAACGGAAGAUUUCUAACGUAUGCGUUUCCCCACACCAAACCCCAUAGAGAAAAGCAGCGAUUUAACGUCACAGCACACAGGAGUUGCUGAUUCACUGCUGCCUCCAUGAGUGAGUUUAAAUGUGUCAUUUGAUCACUUCGGUGUUUAAAUUCCUCUGUUCUGAUUCACCUCAGUGACACAAAGUGACCACACGAGGCAGCAGUAGACCAGCAGCUCCUGUGUCCCCACGAGCUAAAAUCACUGAUUUUCUCUAUGGGGUUUGGUGUGGGAGAGUUGGCUGUUAAAAAACGUCCAUUUCCAGCAAGAAAAUUGCUGAAAAUGUUCUUAAGAUGUCAUAGAAUUAGGCAGGAGUAGAUUUUAUUUAUAUUUAAUUCAAAAUUGGCUAAAAAAACAUUUUUAUCUCAUGUGGAGUGAUCCAUAAAAUCACUGCGGACACCUCACACAGCCACCCUUCAAAAAACCUGAACUAUCCCUUUAAAGUUUUAUGUUUUUAAGAGCUCUUAAAAAAAAGUUAUUCCUCACUUUCAUUUCACUUUUAUCUCUUUCUAUUAAAAACAAUGUUUUUCAAGGUUUUAAGCCAAAACUGCAUGAGCGUGAACAGCCGCUGAUCUUCAUCCUUUGUCCCCUUUGCCUUAUUACAAUGGCACUGAACGGAGCUUGUAACUCACAGCUUUAGCCAGCAGAGGGCGCUACACUGGGAGACUGCAGGGUGAAGACGUGUGUGGCUGCCUGUGCCAUCGCUGCAGUUAAACCUUUACCAACCAACACAAGUACAAACGAGAAAGAUCCAUUCAAGCAAAGACCCUCAUCCCAGUUUUACUUUCAGUGUAAUCAUUUCUAAAUGUUCUUUUUGGGUUUUUUGUUGUUUUUUUUUUUUUCAUAUAUUUUGUGCUAUUUUAUGUUUCUAUAGUCCAAUGUUUCUUUGGUUCCAGCAAGAUAAUGUAAAAUCUAUUGGAAGAUAAAUAAAGAAAAUCAAAUGAAA